CCCAGCGCCAUGGCCCCUCCCACCCGCCGGCUCCUCAAUGCUGCACUGCUUCUGCUGCUCCUGCUGAUGGCCACCAGCCACCAACCUUCAGGGACUGUCAUGGCCCGUGAGCUGCGCUGUCAAUGCCUGAAGACCCUACCAAGGGUUGAUUUUGAGAACAUCCAGAGCUUGACGGUGACCCCUCCAGGACCUCACUGCACCCAGACAGAAGUCAUAGCUACUCUCAAGGAUGGUCAAGAAGUUUGUCUCAACCCUCAAGCUCCCAGGCUUCAGAAAAUCAUCCAGAAGUUACUGAAGAGUGACAAGUCCAGCUGAGCUGGGAAAGGGGGAAGUCUCUUGUACGGUGAUGGAGGACCUGCCUCUGAAGCAGAGCAGCGAUCCAUCCAAUGCUGCCUGGAUGAUCCUCCGCCUGCUUGCUUUGAACAACUCCUGAGAGUUCAUACCUAUUUAUUUCCCCCAAAUUCUAUGUUAAUAUUUUACAUGUAAAAAAAACCAAACCCUAAGUGUAUAAUUGAAUCUACUUGCAAGAUUGCAUCUUAUUUAAAGUUUAUUUAAUGUCAAGUCUAAGUUUAACCAAUCCUUAUUCUUAAUUUGAAGGUUAAAGGUUUCCAGAUCCCCUCAGGGAAUUGUAUUAAUAUUUCUGAGGCAAUUUUCCCCGGCUGACCAUUUUGAUGGCAGCUGGGGUAGUCAGGAAACAGACAAACAAGGUCGUCUCAGUGUAGGAAGAGUGUAUGUACACGUCUAGUUUGCAACUUUACAAGAUUAGCAGCUAAUC